CUGCAUGCUUCGUACUCAUCAUCCACCACAACAUCUCCUCCAAUCAGCAGCAGCAGCAGCAGAGCUGAUCACCAUCACUUCGGAGCUUGUCAGCACAAGGCUAAUUAUUAAGCUAGGGCUCGAUCGAUCUGAUCGUGAUCUGAUCUGAUCUGACCAUCAGCAGCCAUGUCGUUUAGGUGUAAGGGCGGCGUCGCUUGGGUUGCUCUGCUCGUCGCUGUCGCGGCUCUCGCCUCCGCCGCUCAGGGAUUUCCAAAUCCCUUCGGUCACGAGGAGUUCACGGAGAGUUACUACGACGAGACGUGCCCCAACGCGCAGAGCAUCGUGCGCUCGGUCAUGGAGCGCCACGCCGCCGCCAACCCCCGCACGGCGCCGGCCAUCCUCCGCCUCUUCUUCCACGACUGCUUUGUCAACGGUUGUGAUGCCUCCAUCCUUCUGAACGCUACGGACUCCAUGGAGAGCGAGAAGGAUGCCGAGCCCAACGCCACCCUCGCCGGCUUCGACGUGAUCGACGGCAUCAAGUCCGAGCUCGAGCGCAGCUGCCCGGCCACCGUCUCCUGCGCCGAUGUUCUCGCGCUCGCCGCCCGCGACGCCGUCGCCAUGCUCGGUGGGCCCAGCUGGGGCGUGCUCCUCGGCCGCAAGGACUCCCUCACCGCCAGCAUAGACAUGGCCAAAGAGGAUCUCCCGAACCCGAAAGACAGCCUGGCCGAACUCAUCAGGAUGUUCAAGGAGCACGACCUCGACGAGCGUGACCUCACCGCGCUCUCCGGUGCACACACCGUCGGCAUGGCACAUGACUGCAAGAACUACGACGACCGCAUCUACAGUCGCGUCGGCCAGGGCGGCGACAGCAUCGACCCAUCCUUCGCGGCGCUGCGCAGGCAGGAGUGCGAGCAGAAGCACGACAAGGCCACGGCACCGUUCGACGAGCGGACGCCAGCCAAGUUUGACAACGCCUACUACGUCGACCUGCUCGCGAGGCGGGGGCUCCUCACCUCUGACCAGGAGCUCUACACCCAGGGCUGCCAGACCGGCGACCUGGUGAAGACGUACGCCAUGAACGGCGACGUGUUCUUCGCCGACUUCACAAGAGCGAUGGUGAAGAUGGGGAACAUACGCCCAAAGCAUUGGUGGACUCCGGCGGAGGUCAGGCUCAAGUGCUCGGUGGCCAACACACAUUAUUGAUGCUCAUACUGUUGAGUACAACACAAUUAUGUUGCACUCAUUUAUAAGUGUGAUAUUUCCUUUCGAUUUAAUUGUGCAUUAAACUGUAAGAUGUAUUUUUCUUUUGUACCUCAAUUUUUUUAUUCAUUUUUUUAUAAUGUAUGGGAGAUCACUUUGCCUUGAAUGUUCAA